UCCCGGCGGCCCCGCGCGCCUCCCGCCCUCCUCUGCGCUCUCUCCAGUGCCGUCGCCGCCAUGGGCCGCGUCCGCACGAAGACGGUGAAGAAGGCCGCCCGGGUGAUUAUCGAGAAGUACUACACUCGUCUGGGGAACGACUUCCACACCAACAAGCGAGUGUGUGAGGAGAUCGCCAUCAUCCCCAGCAAGAAGCUGCGGAACAAGAUCGCGGGGUAUGUCACCCACCUGAUGAAGCGUAUCCAGAGGGGGCCUGUUCGAGGCAUCUCCAUCAAACUGCAGGAGGAGGAGAGGGAGAGGAGGGACAACUACGUCCCUGAGGUCUCUGCCCUUGACCAGGAGAUCAUUGAAGUGGACCCGGACACCAAGGAGAUGCUGAAGCUCCUGGACUUUGGCAGCCUGUCCAACCUGCAGGUGACACAGCCCACGGUGGGGAUGAACUUCAAAACGCCAAGAGGAGCACUCUGAGGCAGCACCUGUAUGUCAUUUUUCCAAUAAAAGUGGGAAAACCACCUAA